CAGCAACAACAGCAACAACAGCAGCAACAACAGCAGCAACAACAGCAACAAGCAAAGCACAAGUCAAAACAAGAUCAACAACAGCAAGAGCAAUAUUAUGCACAAAUGCAGCAAUACCAACAAUCACUUCAGAAUGAUAGUCAUUCUGUUCUUUUAGUUACAGCAGGUUAUGAUAACACAGUACGCUUCUGGGAAGCACUUAGUGGAAUUUGUUCCAAGACUAUUAAACAUCCUGAUUCACAAGUCAAUCGUCUCUGCAUUUCACCCGACAAAACAAUUUUAGCAGCAGCAGGGAAUCAUUCUGUUCGCCUGUAUGAUAUUGCAAGCAAUAGUGAUAGUCCAUUUAUUGUGUUUGGAGAACACACAGGCAAUGUGAUUGCUACAGGAUUUCAUGGUGAAGGUCGUUGGAUGUUUACUGCCAGUGAAGAUGGUCAUUUAAAGAUAUGGGAUACACGCUCAGGACGUAAUCCUGUCUUGACACGUAAUUUUGAUAAUGGAGCACCUAUUACAGAUGCUGUGAUGCAUGCUAAUCAAGGAGAGCUUAUUACGUGUGAUCAAAAUGGAGCUGUCAAGAUUUGGGAUUUGACAGCACAUUCCUGUACUCAUGAAUUAGUGCCUGAAGAAGGUGUGCCUAUGCGGUCCGUCACAGUCGCAUCUGAUGGCUCCAUGCUAAUUGCUGUCAACAACAAGGGCAAUUGUUAUGUUUGGAAACUAUCCAAUGGAUCAGAUUCAAAUGAAGUUGAGCCUAUCCAUCAAUUUCAAGCACACAAUAACUAUAUUUUACGAGUCAUGUUGAGUCCUGAUACAAAGUUGUUGGCUACUUGUUCUGCAGAUAAUACAGCCAAAAUAUGGAGUACUGAAAAAAAUUUUGAACUAUUAUUGACCUUACAGGGACAUCAGAGAUGGGUAUGGGAUUGUGCAUUCUCUGCUGAUUCUGCCUAUCUUGUCACUGCUUCUUCAGACCAUGUAGCCAGACUAUGGGAAUUACAGAAUGGUGAAACAAUUCGUCAAUACAAUGGACAUCAUAAGGCAGCAGUGUGUGUUGCAUUAAAUGAUUUGUCUGUUGGGUAUGCUUGAGAAAAGAUAAUGGCUCUUGUUCCUUGAUACACUUGUAAUAAAAUAGGAUCCAACUUGGGUAAUAAAUGCUAUACUGUCAUCAAUAUAUAUAUACACAUACACACACACACACACACACACACACACACACACACACACACA